AUGGAAGGUAAGACCUAUGUGACGAAAGGCUACUCGGACCACAUCAGCAUUCCAGCCCGAGGAGGUGGUUAUGAACAUGGGACGAAAAACCCCGUUAACCAAUAUGCAGUUGAGAGCAAGACAAUUGAGCGGGUUCGAGGCCCGGCUACUGGGUGCAAGGACUUUGUUGGUUCCCCUUCAAAAAUCGAGCUUCUGAAGGAAUACGUUUAUUCCCCAACCAUGUCCAGUAGUCAAAUUUCGGGCUACGACCCAAACCACGGGCUCAACUAUGAGAACUCAGUCCCACCCAAAUUCCUCAAUAAUAGAAAUUGGACCACAAAAACUAGCCACUUCUCUAGCCCAAAUAAGUAUCAUCCUUCAAGCGCGGUCCACGGUUACCAUUCAGCUGAAGCCCAUCCGAUGCAGUUUGGACCGGGCUUUGCAGUGGAUGGACACGUUAGGACGGGGAACAUUUAUGGUCCCAAUAAAUCUUGGCAGAGUGCCGGACCACUUCUGACAAAUCAUCCUCUUACAACUUCAACAUACAAUAUCAACGAAGCCUUGGGUUUUCUUGAACCUGUGAAUCAUUCUUCACGCUCGGAACCGAGGCAAAGAGGGGUACUCGAUGAACUUUCCAUGCGUCCACAGCCACUAGAGCCACAGAAGCGAUAUCCGCGACCUGCAUUUGUUGCUAAACCUUACAAUUUAUACAAGAAGCGGUAUUGA